CCGUUCUCGUUCUCAUUAACUCUCGCGCGAGUUCCUCUCUUCCUCCUCUUUCACUCCCUGUAGCCAACAUGGCAGUCGGCAAGAAUAAGAGGCUGACCAAAGGCGGCAAAAAGGGUGCCAAAAAGAAGAUCGUGGACCCUUUCUCCAAGAAGGACUGGUACGAUGUCAAGGCACCAGCCAUGUUCAACAUCCGCAAUAUUGGCAAGACCUUGGUCACCAGGACUCAGGGAACCAGAAUCGCUUCAGACGGUCUGAAGGGUCGCGUGUUCGAGGUGAGCCUCGCUGACCUCCAGAACGACGAGGUUGCCUUCCGCAAAUUCAAGUUGAUCACGGAGGACAUCCAGGGCAAGAACUGUCUGACCAACUUCCACGGCAUGGACCUGACCCGCGACAAAAUGUGCUCCAUGGUCAAGAAGUGGCAGACCAUGAUCGAGGCCCACGUGGACGUGAAGACCACCGACGGCUACCUGCUGCGUCUCUUCUGCGUGGGUUUCACCAAGAAGCGCACCAACCAGAUCAGGAAGACCUCCUACGCUCAGCACCAGCAGGUGCGGCAGAUCCGCAAGAAGAUGAUGGAGAUCAUGACCCGCGAGGUGCAGACCAACGACCUGAAGGAAGUGGUCAACAAGCUGAUCCCCGACAGCGUUGGCAAGGACAUCGAGAAGGCGUGCCAGUCCAUCUACCCUCUGCACGACGUCUACGUCCGCAAGGUGAAGAUGCUGAAGAAGCCCAAGUUUGAAUUGGGCAAACUGAUGGAGCUCCACGGCGAGGGCUGGUCCAGCGGCCCCGCCAAAGCAGCCGCAGACGACACUGGAGCUAAAGUGGAGAGGGCUGAUGGAUACGAGCCUCCUAUCCAGGAGACGGUCUAAACACACAUUGAAUAAAAAAUGUAAAUGACUCAA